UCCCUCCCCUUAUUCUCUCUCUUCGUUGUUUUCUUCCCUCUCCCCCUUCAAAUCCUUUCUCAUGGCGACAUCAGAAAUCGAUUUCUCGCAGCCUUUUCUCUCCAAUCCCUCUCUGUAUUGCUGAUCGAAAACCCUCUUUCCUUUCCUCCUCCGAUCGCUUCCAACGGCCGCGAUCCCUCCGUUGAUCGUUUGAUGAGCGAUCGUGUGGUAACUAAGUUGCCCCAGUUUCUGACAGCUGGGUAAUAUCUGAGGUAAAUGGAGCAGACAUUCAUCACUGUUUGGGAUUUUCUUCAGAUUCAGUUUGACAGUUCUCCAGCUGGAGUUGUGCCAGAGCUGCCAGAAACACCAUUGGUUGUUUUUAGAUGAUAUUUGUUGAUUGCAGCUGAUAGAGGCUGCACUUAAGCAUGUCGAUCAUCUUCUGGGUGAUGCUUAGUCACUCAUAUCAUGAGAAGUGGGCUUUUCACAACAUUUUGUAUUUCAUACCACCAUUCACCAGUAAUCUCUACUUACAAGCAAGUGAAACUGAAAGACACUGCAAUGUCAGUGUAGAAGCCUUUUUUCAAAGUUCAUUGGGACACUGCUAACCUUCUCACUGGGUACAACUCUAACAAUGGAAAGAUACAAAGCUAUGAGAGAGCUUGGAGAUGGAACUUGUGGAAGCGUGUAUAAGGCAGUCAAUCUAGAAGCCAACGAGAUUGUUGCUAUCAAGAAAAUGAAGAGAAAGUUUUACUCUUGGGAAGAGUGCAUGAAUCUGCGUGAAGUCAAGUCCCUUCGUAAAUUGAAUCAUCCCAACAUUGUCAAGUUGAAGGAGGUCGUUAGGGAAAACCAUGAGCUUUUCUUCAUAUUUGAAUACAUGGAAUAUAAUCUAUAUCAGAUCAUGAGGGACCGUCAAAGCCCUUUUUCAGAGGCAGAGAUACGGAGCCUUUUGUCUCAAGUAUUGCAAGGGCUUGCCUACAUGCAUAGAAAUUGUUACUUCCAUCGGGACUUAAAACCUGAGAAUCUGCUGGUGACGGGAGACGUUAUUAAAAUUGCUGAUUUUGGACUGGCAAGAGAAGUGACAUCUAGACCUCCUUAUACUGAUUAUGUUUCUACACGGUGGUAUCGAGCACCAGAAGUUUUGUUGCAGUCUUCAUCGUACACCCCAGCAAUUGAUAUGUGGGCUGUUGGUGCAAUACUAGCUGAGCUUUUCACGUUGUGUCCUCUUUUUCCUGGAGAAAGUGAAACAGAUCAAAUAUACAAAAUAUGCUGUGUCCUUGGUACGCCUGAUUAUACUACAUGGCCUGAAGGGAUGAACCUUUCACGCUUACUCAAUUUUAGGUUUUCAGAGGUCAUGCCAGCCAAUCUUUCUGAUAUCAUUCCAAAUGCCAGCUUAGAAGCAAUUGAUUUGAUUGCGCAACUGUGCUCCUGGGACCCACAAAGGAGGCCAACUGCAGAACAAGCACUACAACAUCCCUUCUUCCAUGUGGGAUCAUGGAUUUCUUCUCCACUUCAGGAUCCUUUCCAGCGAACCAUGCGAAAUCACACUGCAGGAUCAAAGCCAAAGCUUGAGUUGAAUCUCUGGGAUUUUGACACCGAAUCAGAUGACUGCUUUCUUGGCUUAACUCUGGCAGUGAAACCCAGUGUUUCUAACUUAGAGGUGGUCCAUCAAGUCUCCCAAAAUGCGCGAGAGGAGAUACUGUUCUGCUCCGGGUUUCAGGACCAUCCAAGGGAAAGAGUUUUUUGGCCCCUAUUAUCUCCCAAUCCCAGAGGAAACGAUGUUCCGGUUAAGUCUUCCUUCUCAUCAUCGUAUAUGGUGGAUAGUCAAGUCUCACGGCCACCAAUUGCGGCCCCCCAGUCUGCUGGAUUUACCAUUGCUACUCUGCAAACUAAUAACAUACUCGACAGCCGCUCAUUCGGACCGAUGAUGGCCAUUCCGUCGCCCUUCCAGCAGAGUCAUGCCUGAGCAGAAUUUGACCUAAAUUAUAUUUUGGAGUGGCAAAACAAAUUUUUUUUUUUCUUCAAUUGCCUUGCACAUACGAUAAAGGAUUGCGAUAAUCUAAUAAACAACCGCAGCAAAUCUGUAAAUUUAAGUUUUGUUAUUUUCUUUAAUUUUUGUUUUUCCCCCCCUUUAUUUCUGGAACCCCAUUCAACCAUUGAGUUAAUAAUGGUGGGGAAAAUACCUUCUGUUUUCAUCUCUUCAUUUGUUUUGAAGACCAUCUGUAAAUGCAAGCAUGUGGGGUAUUGUAUUAAACUGGAAACAAGAUCUUCAGCAGUAUUUUGUGCACU